AUGUUAGCGCGAAAGAAAGGAUCAGAUGCGGAGCAGAUUUUUGAGAGAGUAGAAGCUUUAGCUGGUGAGAAAUCUGAUGUUUUCAGCUUAGGAGUGAUACUCUUAGAGAUUGUCAGCGGAAGAAGGAAUUCAAAUUCGACUCUUUUAGCUUAUGCAUGGUCGAUAUGGAACGAAGGGGGGAUUAAUAUUCUGGUAGAUCCUGAGAUCUUUGACCCACAUUUUGAGAAAGAACUACGGAAAUGCGUUCACAUUGGACUUUUGUGUGUGCAAGAAGCUGCUAACGACAGGCCAAGUGUUUCUACUGUGUGUUCGAUGCUCAGCAGCGAGAUUGCAGACAUCCCAGAGCCGAAGCAGCCUGCUUUUAUAUCAAGGAACGGUCUUCCAGAAGCUGAGUCCUCUGAGAACAAAGCCUCUGUCAACAGUGUCACUAUCACCGAUGUCUCAGGACGUUAG